AUGAAUCGGGGAAAAACAUUUUCCCAGAGUUGUGAAGCAUCUCACUACGUUUAAAGGAAGACCUCUCAACGGACUUGCGCGUGUCAAGGGCUGGACCCUGAAACUUGUGGUGCUUCAUUUUCCUUUGGUUGCUCCUGGAGCAUGUACUACAAUGGUUGUAAGUUUGCCAGAAGCAAGAUUCCAAGAAAGUUUAAGCUGAUGGGGGAUGACCCAAAAGAGGAAGAAAAACUAGAAUCCAAUUUGCAGAAUCUGUCAACCCUGAUGGCACCUACCUACAAGAAGCUUGCACCUGAUGCAUAUAACAACCAGAUCGAGUACGAGCACAGAGCACCCGAGUGUCGCCUGGGUUUGAAAGAAGGUCGCCCGUUCUCAGGGGUCACUGCUUGCCUGGAUUUUUGCGCUCACGCUCACAGGGACUUGCACAACAUGCAGAACGGGAGUACGUUGGUUUGCACACUAACUAGGGAAGACAAUCGUGAAAUUGGCCAAACACCAGAAGAUGAGCAGCUCCACGUGCUCCCGUUAUACAAAGUCUCUGAUGUGGAUGAGUUUGGAAGCACUGAGGGCCAGGAGGAGAAGAAGAGGAAUGGCAGCAUUCAGGUCCUUACCUCCUUUCGCCGAAAAGUAAGGAUGUUAGCAGAGCCCGUUAAGACCUGUCGGCAAAGGAAGCUAGAAGCAAAGAAAGCAGCUGCAGAAAAACUUUCCUCCUUGGAGAAUGGGCCUAGCAAAGCUGAAAGAGAGAAGUCUGCUGCAGCACGCAACAAGCAAGGCAACUCUGAGGCCGCGGGUCAUGCAAAGCAGCUAGCAGAUCUUUUACGUCUUUCAGGACCAGCCACACAACAACAGCAGCAGCAACAUCCACAGCGCACUCUCCCUAACAACCCUCAGUCAAAUCCUAUCAACUCAUACUCGGGUUCAGGUUCUGCAAAUCUCUAUGUAAGGUUGCCUAAUCCAGCCAAUGCUUAUCCAAGCUCUUCAUACACUUCAGAUCCCUACGGAGGGUCCAGUCCCAUGAGCCUCUAUACAACCUCAUCACAGCCUGCGGGGUCUUAUUUGAAUUCUUCCAGUCCCAUGAACCCUUAUUCAGGAUCGUUAAGUCAAAACAACCAAUAUCCAGCCUACCAAUGCAAUGGAAGCAUACCUAUGGACAACUGCCCCUCUUACUUGGGCUCCUACCCUUCCCAGCAUCAGCACGUGGACUUGUAUAGUUGCCAGAGCCAAGACCGUAUGUCUAAACUCAGUCUACCACCCAUUCAAACGUUAUACCAGCAUAGAUUUGGGAAUAACCAGAGUUUUGGUCCCAAGUACUUGAAUUAUGGAAACCAAAAUAUGCAGGUAGACUCCUUCAAUAAUUGCACCAUUAGACCAAAUGUACACCACGUAGGGUCUUUUUCUUCUUACUCCACCCAUGAAGCUGAUGGCCAUUUUAUGGAGGUUGCCUCAAGGUUAAAAUCUGAUCUGAGUAAUCCGAGCAUGGAUUAUGCCUCCAUGAGUAAAAGCAGUGAACAUCACUACAUGCAACCCCCUCCACAUUUAGCACACGACUACCAUUCUGCUCCAAGUAUGUUUAGUGGCCGUCCUAAUUCACUGCAUCUCCAAAAUAAGGAUAGCGAAAUGAUCUCACACGCAGUUAAUGGUUUGUCUAACAUGCUUCCAGGUCAAAACCAUGAUAGGACUACUCCCCAGGGUGGUUUAGAUAAAACCGACGUGCUGAAUCCAGAAAAAGCAGAGGAUCCCGAUGAAGUCUGGUCAGAUAGCGAGCAGAGCUUUCUGGAUCCAGAAAUUGGAGGAGUGGCAGUUGCUCCAUCUCACGGGUCAAUUCUCAUAGAGUGUGCAAAACGUGAGCUCCACGCAACAACUCCCUUAAAAAACCCCAACAGAAACCAUCCCACCAGAAUAUCCCUUGUCUUUUACCAGCACAAGAGCAUGAACGAGCCAAAACAUGGUCUGGCUCUGUGGGAGGCAAAGAUGGCUGAGAAGGCAAGAGAGAAAGAAGAGGAAUGUGAAAAGUACGGUCCGGACUACGUGCCUCAGAAAUCUUACGGCAAAAAAGCCAAGCGGGAGCCUGCUGAGCCACACGAACCCUCUGAGCCAACCUACGUGCGCUUCAUCAAGUCUCUUGCACAAAGGACACUGUCGGUCACCACAGACUCCACAGUAACUACAUCUCCAUAUGCCUUUACACGGGUGACAGGGCCUUACAACCGAUAUAUCUAACUUCACACCUUUGUUGGUUACCUCAUUUGAAAAAAACACCUUGUUGGUAGGGCAGUAGUUCUUUAGGUUUGGGGGAAGGCAAGGGUGGAGAAGAAAACAGUGUUUUGACGAAACCCGUCAGUGGAAAAAGCCUCAGCACACCAGCAAAAGAGGUCAUCUUGCUAGCGCACUUAUUUUCCACUGAUCUUUAAGUGGCCACAGAUGGCACAUAGGAAACAAGACCAAAGCAUCCUAUGCAAAAAAAAAAAA